AUUGCCAACUUAUCAACAGUACGAGUUCAGAAAAAAAUUAACCUCGUAAUUUGGAUAAACGCUGAGACUCAGAGUACAUUACGUAACCUAACAGUGACGAAUGGGGUCGUGUCGGUCUCGAUCUCUCGUGGUAGAAAGGGGCAUACAUCUCUCCCUCCAUUUGAUAUAAAGAUCGGGUAUGGUCAAUCGACACAAAUUCCACCUAGGGAUCUUCAAGUACCAUCAGACUCAAACUUCCACCAGAGAAUCUGACCCAAGUUUCACUGAAGGAUUACCACCCAAGGAUCUUCUGGUCUCGGUAGUCCCAGUUUUCACCCCAGGAAUACAAGUACCAUCUUAAUAGGAUCAUUAAGGAUCAACCCUAUAUUUAUGUAGUGCAUGCAGCUUGUAGCUACAAUCGAAUGUGCUGUAUUCUACCAUGAUGGUUGAGCUGUGGAUGUAGAGAAAACACCAUCUGUAUCAGUCAGAACUGCAUUAAAUAAUCUGGAAUGGAGCACUGAAAUCAUUUUAAAAUGCCCAGUCUGCCUGACACUAAACCAAACGGAGGCCGGGGCAUGGAGCUUGUAUUCCGCGACGUAAGCGCUCAUAUUGGGCCAAAACAAGUUCUAAAGGAAGUCAGCGGAAUGGUCAAAGCUGGUCAGCUUCUGGCUAUCAUGGGACCAAGUGGUGCUGGUAAAACAACCUUACUAAAUACUCUAGCAGGCAGGAACCCACUCUCUUCAGGGGAGAUCACUCUGAAUGGAAGUAAAAUCAAUAAAGCCCUAAAACGCAAGGUGUGCUAUGUUCUCCAGCAAGAUGUCUUCUUCCCAAAUCUCACUUUAAAGGAAACAUUGACAUUUGCAGCAAUGGUCAGGUUACCGGACUCAAUGCCAAAGAAAGAGAAGUUAGAAAAGGUCAAUGAAAUCGUAGAUGCCCUUGACCUUAGCAAGUGCCUUGAAACAAUAAUUGGUGACAUGUGGACAAGAGGCCUUUCUGGUGGAGAAAAGAAGCGGGCAAACAUUGCCUGUGAAUUGAUCACCGAUCCUCUUAUGAUAUAUCUUGAUGAACCAACCUCUGGUCUGGACUACAGUACAGCUUUCAGCCUUGUACAGACCCUCAAAAUGUACGCCAGGCAACACAACAAAACUGUUGUGGCCACAAUACACCAACCAUCCAGCUUCAUCUUCUACCAGUUUGAUAGCCUAUUGCUCAUGUCAGAAGGGGAGUCUGCUUACUUCGGAGAUAUAGACAAGGUGGUGGAGUUCUUCAGCUCGGUUGGCAUGGAGAUGUCGCAGCAUUAUAAUCCGGCAGAUUUUGUCUUGGAAAAACUGAAAGAGGAUGAAAAGACGAGGAAGAAGAUAGUGGCAGCAGCGUACGACCAGAGGCAGAAGAGCGAUUGGCCUACUAUGUUAAGAAGAGAUCAAAAUGGUGUCAAGGUUGAACAGGUACCUAGCUCUACCUCAAAGGCUGACGAGAAACAAAACAGAUACUUCUACGACAAAUUCAGCAUCAUCAAAAGGUUUCGGUCAAAACCUAAAGAGGCUGCAAAUGAUGAAGAAGAUCCAGGAAGCAUUCAUGUGAGUCUGAUGGAGCUGGAUGAUAUCGACAACGGUGUCAUAGAAACCACAAUUAACAACAAACAAAAAUGGCCGACUGGUUUCCUCACUCAGUACACAAAUCUCACCAUUCGUACUUUCCGCCAGUCCAAAACUCAGAUCUUCAACAAGUUCAAGGUCAUCGAGGCUGUCACCAUGACGAUCCUAGUCUGCCUGAUCUGGUUCCAGCUUCCCAGGACAGAGACCACGCUACGAGAUCGGAUGGGUGUGAUAUUUUUCAUGUCCAUGAACUAUGGAUUUACUCCACUGUUUGAUACAGUCACAUCCUUCCCAUCUGAACGUAUGGUGAUUAACAAAGAACGUGCUUCGGGUUGGUACCGGGUAUCAGCUUACUACUUAGCCAAGAUGACCAGCGAACUCCCUCUAAUCCUAGCACAGCCCCUCGUGUUCGGAACGAUAGUCUACUGGUCCGUCGGACUAAACGGAGUGUCAGCAUAUUUUGCUACUCUAGGCACACUCUUCAUUCAUUCUAUAGCAGGGCAGAGUAUAGGACUGUUCCUUGGUAUAGCAUGUAUGGACAUCAGAAGAGCAAUGACUAUUGCUACAGUGUGUAUAAUGACCACCAUGUUAUUAGGUGGUUUUUACACUAGACAUCUACCGUUUUGGCUUUCCUGGUUGAAAUACAUAUCCUUUCUCUACUACACUUUCCAUUGCCUGAUGUCAUUAGAAUUCACGGAUGCUCCACCAGUUUUCUGUGCCUCCAGCACCAACAUAUCGGAAUCACAAUUCUCCAGCUGCCUUCACCCCAAUGCUACCACAAUCCCGUCACAGGAGGUGCUGCAGUUUUUCGGAAUUGACUGGCCAUUUUGGAAAUAUCUGCUGCCUCUCUUUAUAUUCAUCAUCGCAUUUAGAAUAGCUGGCUAUUUUGUGCUGCGAUUUGUCCAACGACCCGAUUGAUUUAGUCCUGUGAGAAUUUGAUAUUGUGAAUGUUAGCUGUAUGUUUGUCCUGUGACGUGUAUAGAUUUAUUCAGAUAUAUUGUGUUCUAUGUGUAUUGAUUGGAGUUUUUAGAAAACAUUUACUAAAAAUGAUAUAUAUUUUAUAAAUGAAGAAACAAAGAAAUAUUAUAUUUUAUCAUGAACUUCAUAAUUCCCCUAUCUUGUAAUAAAUAAAUGCAGCUUUAAUUUAACAGAGUGUAAAAAAAAACGGUUUGUAUUUUUUAUGUUACUUAAUUGUAAUUGUAUUUUUGAUUUUUGGUUAAUUAGAUAUUUCAUUAUUGGAACACAUGAUUGUUGAUGAAGAGCUGAGCAAAGCAAAGAAUCGAAAUAUAAUGGUUGUGCAUUUCAUUAUUUUUUCCUCAUCAUCAUGUCACACCCAGAAAGUCAAAAAUGAGAACAAAAGUUAAACAGUUAUCAUAUCCAAUUGGAAGCUGACCUGUUAUUCCAGCUAGGAUGAUAUUCAAGAUCUUGUGAUGUUUUUAUGUAUAUAUUAUGUUACUUGUCUUUAUACAGUCAAACCUGUCUAUAACGACCGCCCAAGGGGAGGCAGUAAAACGGUCACUAUAGACAGGUUGCCUUUAUAGACAGGUCAAAAUUAUCUCACCAACCAAUUACCUUGAAACUGCCAUAAAUAACUUGUCAUUGAACAGGGCAUUCAGAAGACCAGUCAGAAGUCAAAUAAAUGCAUGAACUUUAUAAAUCUGAAGGGUUUAAUCUUUAAUGAUUUUGUGGAUCUAAAGACAAAAUAUGUACUCUUAUUCAAGGAUGGAGGACCUAUGUCUGACCUGUACCCAAACCCAACCAACACUUACAAAAAAUAAUUUCAACUCAAUAUUAGAAGUCGAAACUUGUUGACGAUUUCUAGACCACAAUAAAGCUUUGUGAUAAUCAUUUUUAGAUUUUGACAAGCUUUUAAUUUCUUAAUGUUAAACUCAGUAUUAAUAAUAUCUACAGCCAAUAUUUUAAAUCCUGUAGUCUUAGCAUCAAUAGCCAUAAACAAAUUUCGGCUGUAGUCGAUCAGUUUAGGAGAUCAAUUACAAUAGAGUUAAGUCUGAAAUAUUGUUACAUAAAUGUUGUUUCUUUGUACAUUGUUUACAUUGUUAAAAUUUGCACAUGCCAGGUCAAAACCAGUUAUUAAAACCAAAAUUCUUUUCUUUAUUCAAUUUCCAAAGAUCAGUCUGAAAUAAUGACGCAUUUACAAGGUAAAAGAUAAUUUGAAGUUGUACAAUAUUGUUAAAUUCAGUCUGUGAUCAAUUUCAGAUAGGUACAUGUAUUUGAGAAACCGGUUAGAGCUAAUUGGUGAUAUCAAAGUUUUCAGUAAAUAUUUUAAUGAACUUUAUGGUGAUUAUCUUAUUUAACCUUUUAAUAUCAUGCCACUUUACUAAUAACCCUAAAUAAUGACUGUGCUUCAUUCUCUUAAUUUUGAUAAAUGAUCGUAAUGUCUGUUUGAUGACCCUGAUUUCGAUACUGCCAUCUUGUACCAUUUCAUGCAUGUGUUAUUAUAUAAUAAAUGUUGAAGGUCAAUUAAAAGGACAUAUGAAUAAUUAAUUGUAACCAGCGAGAAAAGUUUUUACUGGAUAUUCAGAACACAAGGUCCCUCUACACUGCAACUGAAGUUCUUAUCAUAUAUUACCAGUUUUAAUCUGUUACCAAUGGAAAUUUCAUUUUCAUUCCAUUUUGAUUUUUUGUGAUUCAAAUUCUGUGAAAUUUUUUUCUGUGUUUUCAGUAUAUAGUUGUUUUGUUUUCAAAAAAAAUAUUGUUUCCUUAUCACUAUAUAAUAUACAAUGUACAAAUAAGCACUGUUAGAUGUUUCUUGUAAUUUGGGGAACAUUAUACAGUUCCCGUACAGUUACUGUAUUUGCUACUUUACCUCGCAGUCUUCUUCCCAGAUGAAGUUCUGGGUUAGAACUUUGGGUUCUUUGAUGAUAGGUCAGUAAAUCUGUACACCAAGGUCAAACCUGUACACCAAGGUCAAGAUCACAAUGAGGUCAAAGGUACAAUGAAUUGUUCAGCAAACAACAUUUUGAUCACUGAAUGUAAUUCAGGGCUAGUUAUUGGAUUUAUGCCUAAUGGCUAAGUGUAUAUGUGUGUUGCCAUAUACCAUUUUCAUGUCUAUAUCCAAUGCCAAGGCCACAUUGUGGUUUAAUGUCAAGUUGAUAUCUGGGCCAUAGCUUCUUACUCGCUCAAAACAAAUGGUUAAAUAGACAUCCCACAACUUGCCCUGGUAGCAAAUAACCGAGUCCCAAAACAAAUGGUUACUUACUAGUAAUGAAAGUAGGUCACUGCAAUUGGUAUUUAUGAAUAAGAUAUGGCAAGGCUUCCUGGUCUGUAUGGCAAAGGUCAAGGUACUGAGGUCAAA